AGCAAGCAGUGGGAACCAUGAGAAAGGACUAUAUUUUUAACAUCAAGUUAACGGGGAAAUUAAUCGCCGAAGAAAGUGACGAUUUUUUGUUUAACGUAGAAAGCCUCAAAUUUCUCGAUUCAUUAAUUUUAAUCGUGGGCUCGAUUGCCAAUUUCUUUAUCCUCCUGGCACUCGCAGUGGGAAAAUCGGUUCAUAAUUCCACGGGUUCUUACAUCUUCAGUCUGACUGUCUCCAAUAUCGUUUCGCUACUAGAUAUUCUAGAGGACGUCCUCCAGAACAAUUACGACAUGGAAAUUUAUCUCGAUCGAGCUUAUACUGAUCGAAUUGUUUUCCAGAGUUCGCUGCUUACGAUUAUUGUAUUCAGUAUCGAUCGAUAUCUCGCGAUUUGUUGUCGUGAUUCUACCCAGCAAAAAAAUCUAUCAAAAACUACUGUAGCAAUCAAAGCCGUGUUCAUUAUUUGGGCAUUCGCAACUGUAACAGCGGCAUUUGAACUUCAUCUUUAUGAAUUAUUUCGAGGAGAGACUGGCGUUGCAGUUUAUGUAUUUUUUACAACAAUGUAUCUGAUCCAGUUUUGUGGAGGUGCUAUCGGUUUGAAUGUAUUAACAUUCAAUGCACUACGUGGAAGGGAUCGACCGAACGAUGUUCAGCGGCCUCACGAAGCGGACGCUUUUCGAUUAUUGGGUAAUAUCAGGAAGAGUGGGAGGGAGUUAAUUCUCUUUAAUCAAAAUAAUGUGGAUUUUUUUACCGCUCGGAACGUAUUUUUUUCAGUGGGAAUUAUUUCCGUUUUUGUAAUAACAAUACUACCAGAUACAAUUACAACGAUACUUUACUAUGUCCCGUUGACCAGUUGCUGUAAAUUCUUCACCAUGUGUGCAACAUACUAUCUAAAAAAAUUUUCAAUUAUCAUGGGACCAAUCGUCUGGACUUGUACGUGCCAAUUGCUGAGAAAAGCCUUACGGGUGAGACCAUUUUCGAUAUUGCCCAAUAUGUCGUUAAAAAUAAUUUGUCUGACGUAAAUUACCCUUACAGAUCGUUGUGACAUGUACAUGUACUAAAAAAAAUCGAGUAAAUUUUUCAACUCGAAAUAAAACCUUCUAAUCCUCUCA